UGGCCGCUAUUCAGCCGCUGACGCUCAAGUUAUUCUUUAAAUCGGGGAGAGAAGAAAACCGGCGUGCCGGCUAGCGCAGCCAACGAGGCGGGAAAAUAUCGUGUUUUUUGGUAGACAUCUGUCUUGUUCGGCCUUAUCAAUAUGCCUUUUACCCGGGUGGUGCCCAGUGUUUUCCCGUGAAAAACGCGGCCUCUUAGAGUGUCAUUGCGACCGGUCAUUUUUUGUCGUGCUUCCGGAAGUGCAUGCUUGGUUAGUGCGGAGUAACUACUGUGUUAACGUUCGCUGUGAUAGGAAAUUGCCGGAAUUAAGCUUAAUGAAUCAUUCACGAGCCUUCUACGCCGCGAAUGCAUGACCUCCAAUUUCAGGUGGCCGUAUUGCAAAUCUGCAAAUCCCCAGUGUCUGGUGGAACUUAUCCAAAUACAGAUCACGUGGUGCUGCCAACAUGGAUUAAAACUGCCGCUAUGGGAAUUCAACCUGGAUUAUGUCCAAUUGUGCGGAACACGGGCAGCCGCCGUUGCGCAUAAUGAAAAUAAUGUUAUGGAUUAAUUGGCGGAUUUAAGUGCAGCGCUGCGUUAUUAUGCCGGCACAUCCCAAAGUGUCCACUGUGGCACAGCCCGCGCGCAAUACGGCCACAUCGGCAUCGGUGCGUUAUCGGCCGCGGAUGACCACGCACCGGCAUGCGGGACUGUGGUGCGGAUGGAUGCCGUUGGGUGAGGCCAACACCCGCUUCCUCCUCUUGGUGAUAAUACUUGCAUUUUAUAUGGUAUUUGGAACGUUUUUGCUGUAUUAUUUGGAGCACGAUAGCGAUGUUGAGAGAACACAGUAUUAUGAAGACUUUUGGCGGAAUUUUACAUCAAAAUAUGGACAUAUUAUUAACGAGAGUGAUUUGAAUAUAUUAAUUAAGGGAAGCGGGAAUCACAUGUUGCCCAUGCAAUCGCGACCCAGACCGACUAUUUACCAAAUGUUUUAUUUGGCCUUCACUACCUGUGCAACAGUUGGAUUUGGACACGUGGUGCCGGAAACUGUUGCCGGUCGUGCUGUGAUCAUAAUCUACGGAUUAUUCGGUUGUUCAGCUGUGAUCUUGUUUUAUAAUUUAUUUCUGGAGAGGAUUAUUACCUUGUUGGCUCUUGUACUGCGGACAGUACACGAAUUCAAAAUGCGGAAAAAAUAUGCAAACGAGCAAUCAAAAAAUCCCCAAUCAGGGCGACGGAAUUCGACUAAUUCCCGGAGUUCCUCCAGUUCCCUGGAGAGCUGGAAGCCGUCGGUGUACUGGGUGAUGGUCUGCCUGUUCUGCCUGGUGACCGUCAUCACGCUUUUCAGCAGCUGGAUGUUCUCCAAAGUGGAAGGAUGGACAUACUUCGAGGCGUUCUACUAUUCCUUCAUAACGUAUGCGACGGUAGGAUUUGGUGACCUCGUCAGUGCUAACGUAUCGACAUACGGCGCCGCCGACAGUGUAUACCGGCUGGCUAACUUUGUCAUCAUGAUCGUCGGUAUCUCCAGUCUGUACAGCCUCUUCAACGUCAUCUCCAUCAUCAUCAAGCACGGCCUGAACUGGAUCAUUAAGAAGCUGGACCAGAAAUGCCAGUGUGCCUGCCAGUGCGACUGUCUGCCCUUCGCCAAAGUACAGACCGGCCGCCGCCGCAACGCCAUCAUCCCCAACGUCAUCCAGCAGCGUCGGCCCACCAUGGACACCGACCGGCGCUACUCCGAAGAGGUCAUCGACGUGCGGGAAUUUCUGCAGGCCACCAAGGUGUCGCUGGCGGUCAUGCAGAAGGAUUUAUUCGAAAGUGCGCAGCGCGGCCGUACCGGUUUCAUUGGCCAGCUGGCCACCCCGCGGGCACCGGCUACGAGUGACGCGGUGCCGUCGCCGCGCGAUACCAUUCAUCUGCGGAAUCUACACGCGCACUCGACGCAUCAUCAUCGCUCGCAUGAUCACCUGGACAAAGAUCCGGAUUUUACGCCUGGAAAUAUUGGACCGCUGGCGAUUGUGGAGCACACGUUGGGCGAUGAUUGAAAGUCGCCAAAUUUAGUUGGCGGGGAAUAUGGUCUGCGGUUGGUGUGUUGUUAUUGCUGGGAAAAAAUGUUCGCUGGGGGAAUAAUGGACCAAAUCACUGUAAUUAAUUUUCGAAUAUUGAUGGCAUAUUUUUUGAAAAUGGCGCUUCCUUUUUCGCAUGACUCUGCAUAAGUUUUUGCGCAAGAAUCAAUCAGCAAACGGGAAAAAUCGGAAAUUCCUUGCCGGGAGAGCAAGUCACAGCUAGUCGACUGGACACCAAUAUUCCUGGAACCCACCGGAAACCAGAAAGGUUGAAUAUUGUUUGAGCUUUGCUUGAAUUCGUUGCAGCACUUGUUGUUUCGGGGCGACUUUCUCUACUAAUCUAUGUGUACUAUAGAGUGUUACACCUUUUGUUGACAUUUCGUCUUCCGGUUACGUUAGUCGGAAAACCGUUAACCAUAGAUAUAUUCUGUGAUUAGACAGACAGCCGCAUGUUUGUGAGUGCCCUAGCUUCCGCAAUAAUUUGUCUU